GUCUCGUCCUCACUUGUGUUUUCUUUCAGCGUGGACAAUUCGCAGUGAAGAUGGCGAACUGGUGUGUACGUGCGGUCAGACAGAGCUAUACUGUUAUAUCAUCCCCUACACUUUUAAGGGCAACCCCACGUCUCCUUUGCACAGCAGCGCAGCAGAAAAGUGCAGGGUCUGGAACUGAAGAGCAGAAUGUGGCUCAGAAACCAGAGCCCAGUGCGGCAGAGAAAGCCUUGACAGAAGAAAAGAUGCAACUGGAAGAACAGCUUAAAGAUGUUACGGAUAGAUACAAGCGGGCGCUGGCAGACACAGAGAACCUUCGGCAACGGAGUCAAAAGAUGAUUGAUGAUGCUAAACUCUAUGGAAUCCAGGGCUUUUGCAAAGAUCUGUUAGAAGUAGCCGACAUCUUGGAGAAGGCGACAGAAAGUGUACCCCAAUCAGAAGUAACAGCUGCAAAUCCUCACCUGAAAAAUCUUUACGAUGGUCUUGUAAUGACUGAGGUACAGAUCCAAAAGGUUUUCAGCAAACAUGGCCUUGUUAAGCUUAACCCUGAUGGUCAGAAAUUUGAUCCUUAUGAGCAUGAGGCAGUCUUUCAUGCACCUGUGGAGGGCAAGGAGCCAGGCACCAUAGCCCUAGUCACCAAAGUGGGCUACAAGCUGCAUGGGCGCACCCUACGGCCAGCUCUGGUGGGUGUGGUCAAAGCCCCCUAACUGGUUGUGAUGGGUUAUUGCCUGAAAAACAGAUGAGCUCUUGCUAGUUAGCUGGUCACCAAGUUCCAUCUCUUUUGCUAAAGGUGCCUCUGAGAGGCAAAAUCUUUAGUUGUCAAUCCUUCAGGACAAUGCCAGACUAAUCAAGCUGAAGUUAUGUAAUUAGAAUUAUAAAUAAAAAACAACAGUUCUUGUGAAUAUUUUAAGAGCUUAGUAAGUGUGUGUGUGUGAGUGGUAGAAGAUACAAUGAAUCUUUGAUUAGCUGCAGCAAUUUUCUUUGGUGGAUCAGCAUCAUUCCAGGGGCUCUUGUGAUUUAAAUUCUAUACACUUGCCCAGAACAAACGCUGCUGCUUAUUACACAGUGUAUUGAACGCUGUUACCCAUUAUACUUACUUGCUCUUAAAAAUAAAUACUAAAAACAAACAGUUCAUCAUGUACUGUAAUCUAUGGAUUCAGUCAACAGAUUCCAGAUGUUUAAUUUUGUUUUGUUUUUUUGUUAUGUUCAGACUUACUGCAACAUUUUAUCCAAAUAUGUGUAUAAUUUUGUCAUUUGUGAACCAGCAGCCGGACUUGCGCCCAAAAUUUUAUUCUGCUCAGACCUGAUAAAAUAUUUGAUGUUGUAGAGUUCACGUAAGCACACCCUAAUCAUCAAAAAUUCUGAAUAUCUUCUGACAGCCCUAAAGUAAAAAUAAAUUCAGUGAAGAGUUGGAGAGAGGUAGGGUGGCCUUGUGCUGUAUGAAGUUAUGUGAAAAGGUGUUUGUUAUAUGAAUGCACUGAUUGUGAUCUAACAAAAAUAUGAACAUUACAUUUUGAGGUGAAGUAUUAUUUUACACCCGGAUUCAGUUUGUCUGUCUGCAUAAGCAAGCAGACUCUUUCCAAUAAAGCUGUAUCUCUUUUCAAAUAUAGUGCUGUCAUUAUUAGACCUUCCAUAUGUCUCUUCAUAUUUUCAUAAAACCAUGUACAAACAAAUGGACAAGAAAAAUUAUAUUUCAACACUUUAAUACAAAGUAAGAAAGAACAUGACAUAUUCAAUAAAAUACAUCUUUCCACAUAUGCAAGUUCAACAUUUUGACAAAUAUGAGCCUUUCAGAAUGGACUGUUUUACCAAAGAACAUCCAUGCCACAACCAAGCAGAAAAAAGCCUCGUCAUUUUGUAAAUGUCACAUUGUCAUUAAAAAAUGAUAAAAAUGUUCUUGAGAUAGUGUCUUAUUGUUGUCAUUUUCAAUUACUUUAGAAAAUAAUAACACUCUCUGAAAUAGCACAAUACUUUGCAUGAAUAUUAAAGUGAAAAAAUUUUAACCUUUAAAUUAACAUCUGUAACUUAUUUUCUCAAAAACAGCAAGUGUGCAGUGAGCUUGACAAAACUCUUAAUCUUUAAGAAUGCCAUGGGAAUGGUUUGACCUGUGAUCCUAUUUCUUAUCCAUGAAGCACAAGGAAAGUAUUUGCACCUAGCCUAAGCCUUUCUAAAAAUGUAACACCUCAAUAAUAAUAAAAAAUAAAAAAGGCAAUGACACACAAUACCACAAAAGAGAUGGAGGUACCUCCACAUUUGCACCUUAAUUUCCUUAUUAGCAUAGCAUCCACAUACCUUCGUUCAUCAUUUAUAUUUCCGGAAUAGUUUUAAAGCCAGUCUAUAUACUUUGCACACAUCUUUGAUGAUUGAUGAGUUUCUUUCUCAACACAAUACGAUUUUUAUGGCUUUCUCAUGGUCAUAAAAAUUACAUUACAACCUUUUUGUAUUGUGUAGAUUAGCUGUUUCUAGAAUAGAAAUGUGGAGAAAGUCCCAGAAUCAAACAUACAAUUGCAAAUCAACACUUCUUUUUUUUCAAGGGGAAUAUAUAAUACGAAACAAAUACAAUUCAAAGUUAAGGAAUGAAAACAUCAACCAGGGCAAAAUAUGCUUCAAGGCACAAAACAUGAUUAACCCACUCAAAAUUGUAUGACUUUAUGUACUAAUGUCUGAGGCAAAAAACAAAAAACAAAAAAAAAAGUACAAAAACAGAAGUGGACAACCGCCUUGGCUUUCCACCGGUUUUUACACUAAAUACAGUUAUUUCCAAUAUGGUAUACACAAUAAAGAGAUGUCAUAUGGAAACAGAAAAAAACAAUGGCUAGAAGUUAAACUGUGCCUAUUAACUCUAUUUGACUCAAUAUAUUAGACAUUUUAAAACUAUGUAAAACUUUAAAACCUUUAUAUUGGCCUAUGAGAACAGUGCUUUUCUUAAGUUUUCUACAGCUUUGGGGUAAACAUAAGCAGUCAGUAAUAACAUAUUACAAAUCAUGGAAAAAUAGGUUUGUCUCAGUUUUAAGCUAAGAUUUGGUAUUGUAUGAUCAUCUUGUCAAGGCAUUUGAAAAACAAACCUUUAGUAUGUAGUUUUAACAUAGUCUAGAAAUCAAACAAUUUUGUUUCUCCAUCUGCACUUUUGAGAUGACAAACACUGAUGCUGUAUUUAGCCCAGCUUUAUCCAUCAUAACUUCCUAACAAACAUGCAAUAAUACCUUCUUGAAAUGGGGACAUUGUGGUAAAUGUUCUCCCUUGGUGAUCUAUGUAAGCAUCAUGUAAGCAUGGGUUUGUGGCAUUUAACUUGAGCUUUUGAAACAUGCUUGAUAAAAAAAAGUUAUAGUAAUAUAACCUCACAAAGGUCAACUCCAAAAAAGGAAGCAAAUAAAAUAAUCUCUAGCAAACAUGAACAUUAGACAUUUACAUAGAAUCAAGCAUGCCUUAUGUUUCAC